AUGCAGCUGAACCAAGUAAGCCACCAGAUGAAGGGAGUAAAGUGGGAGACAAGACCAUCUGCCCUAGUGGGGAUGCUUAAAGUCAUGAACUGGAACACUAGAGGCCUAAAUGGCCUCAAUAAGCAGAAGGAAGUCAAAAUCUUCUGCAAUGAACAGGAAGUGGGGUUGAUAGGAUUGCUGGAAACCAAAAUAAAAGCAGACAAAGUGGAGAAAAUAUUCUAUGCUACUUUUGUGUAUGCAUUUAACCUAAAGGACGACAGAAAACCUCUAUGGGAUUAUAUGCAACAAAUAAGUAGCAACUAUGGAAUACCUUGGAUAGCACUUGGGGAUUUUAACUUUGUUCUACAUCAAGAACACAGAAUUGGGGGAAACGCUAUAACUCUGACUGAAGUAAUUAAUUUUCAAAAUUGUUUGGAUGUAUGUAAACUUGCUGAGUUGCCAAAGCCAAACACUGGAUGUCAAUACACAUGGAGUGAUAAGAAGGAUUCAAGGGAAUUCCUGGAGAUUGUAGCAGAUGGAUGGAAUGCUCCUAUUGUUGGUUACAAAAUGUACCAAGUGGUUAGAAAAUUGAAGGGCCUAAAGAAGAAACUACAAGAACUUCAUAAAAAGAGUUACAAUAACAUACUAGUGGAAGUGAAUUUAGACUGGAAGUUAGUUAUGCAGGCUCAAGAAAACUUGCAAAAAUCUCCAAUGGACCCUGUACUACAAGCAACAGAAGCAGAAAAGAGAAAGGCCACAUGGAUAAGGCUUAGUGAUGACAAAACUGAGUAUUUCUUCUCAGUGAUAAAACAGAGAAAGUUGAUCCAAUCAGUCAUUCAAAUUACUAAUGAACAUAACCAAACUCAGCAUGAUCUAAAAAGAAUAGCAUAUGUGUUUAUAAGGUACUAUGAGCAAAUGUUAGGGGAAAAGGGUGAUAAUAGAAGAAAAGCAUCUGUUGUAUUCUUAAAACAAGGACCUAUGCUUGCCACAAAGCAAAAAUUCCACAUACUCAGGAGAUUCACAGCAGCAGAGGUGAAAAAGGCAAUGUUUAGCACUAACAUAAAUAAGAGCCCUGGGCCAGAUGGGUUUGGAACUGGGUUUUAUAGAGAUGCUUGGUCUGUGAUUGGGAAUGAUGUUACUGAAGAAGUACUAGAAUUUUUGCAUAAUAGGCAGAUGCUGAAACAACUUAAUGCAACACUGAUUACUCUGAUUCCUAAGGAUCUGUUAAGACACUAUGGUAGAAAGACUACAGCAAGAUGUUUAAUGAAAAUAGACCCGAGGAAGGCUUAUGAUAUGGUGGAAUGGGGAUUUAUUGAAGAAAUGCUAAAAGGAUAUGGUUUCCUUGAUAAAUUUACAAAACUGAUCAUGACAUGUGUUACAACAUCUAGAUUCUCUGUGAAAGUUAAUGGAGAAGGAUGGGGAUAUUUUGAAGGGAAAGGGGGGUUGAGACAAGGGGAUCCACUAUCACCACUGCUAUUUGUUAUGGUGAUGGAAUAUUUGACUAGGGUGCUACAUAAAAUGGAGGAGUUACCUGACUUUAGGUAUCACCCAAUGUGCAAAGUAUAG